GAAACGGAAAUGCUCAAUGUGCACUCAGUCUCUUGUAGAUCUCACUCUGACAUUUCCCUGCCAUGUUUUAUAACAUGGUAGGAGGUUGAGAGCUGUGAGCUUUUUUUUUUUUUUUGGUGAAAGAAGGAAGACCCACAGUCCCUCUCAGCCUAGGGAGCCGGAAUCGAUGCACAGAUCAGACUGUCGGGUUGGACUGGCUGUCAGAUGAGCCCUUUGGGGAGUGGGAGGAAGACUUACUAGAGAAGAAAGCUGAGAAAAGUCACAAGUGUAUCUGAGACCUUGACGUAUUAACCAGGAUCAGAUGCAGGGAGAAGGGGCCAGUCUAGCAGGAACCCCUAAGGCACUGAACUCCGGCCCUGUGAAGUCUGUUCCGGAUUGUGCCCACUGAUCUGCUCUGCUUGGGUGGCAUCUGGCCAGUCCUGGCUCUAGCCUCACACAAGGAAAGAAGAAAUAAGCACUAGGCUUCAAAAGGGAUUCCAGAAAAUGUGGAGACCCGCCCCUUGUUCCUCUUGUGAAAGUGAGCAUCUUUGAGCAGAUGACAUCGAUGGUCUCACUGUUAGCCGUCAGCUCCAGGUUUCCUUUCCUAUUCCCCACAUUAACGUAUUUGAAAGAGGGAACAUGCAGAGGGAAAUGCAUUGCAUUCUGAGGAGGAAAAUUCAAGCCUUUUACUGAAGGCCUGAUGAUGCAACCAACAGAACUGUGUUGUUCAUCAAUCCUGGUUUCAAGCCUUAAAGGUUCCAUGGAGAUAGCCCCAGAGAAAUGAGCUGGACAAGUUAAUUUGCUCUGACGCGUGAUAGACAGACCCUUCUCCCACUUCUCCAAACCUGUAUCCAAUAUGGUAUUUUUCUCCAGUAUGAUCCCAAACAACUCAGUUCUUUUAAGAAACUUGGGGGUCUCCCAGAGAGUCCUAAGAGAGCAUUCCACUACCGUACCACAUGAUAAUACCUGCCAAGAGAUAUCUGUUACCAUGUGGGGCUUGGAGGAGUCCUUAAGUGAUACAUUCAGAAUCCUACAAAGAGGGAACCAAAAGUUAUAAUGUCCCAGAAGGCCUUGCCACCAUAGCAGCAAAAAGGGAAGCCCAUAGAUGUUUGUCAGCGGCUCAUACAGACUACACUUUCAUAUCCAUGAAUACUGAAUGCUAAUCCAAGGCAAAUGUCCACAUAAUUCUAUGAAAAGCGCCCAAAUCAUGUACGGGGGCUCAAGCAGAAGCAAUGAAAGGAGAACAUUAUUCUAUGCCUUUAGGUUUCCCAACCCAUCCAUUAUCUGUCACUGAACGUGCUCUGCAGUUGGCAGUGGACUUAGGCGUUGACCAGAGGGAGCCUCUGGAGAGAAACAUGAGUAGUAACAAUUCAUGUACCCUAGCAGAUAUAGCCAACACAGAUUUUCGUUAUUUUAUUUAUGCGGUCACUUACACAGUCAUCCUGGUGCCUGGUCUCAUAGGAAACAUAUUAGCUCUAUGGGUUUUCUAUGGCUACAUGAAAGAGACCAAGCGGGCUGUGAUCUUCAUGAUCAAUCUGGCCAUCGCAGACUUAUUGCAAGUUCUCUCCCUACCCUUGAGGAUCUUUUACUACCUGAAUCACAACUGGCCUUUUGGGGAAGGCCUCUGCAUGUUUUGCUUCUACCUGAAGUAUGUGAACAUGUAUGCCAGCAUCUACUUCUUGGUGUGCAUUAGCGUGCGGCGGUUCUGGUUCCUCAUGUACCCCUUCCGCUUCACUGACUGCAAGAGGAAAUGUGAUCUGUACAUCAGCGUAGCUGGCUGGCUCAGCAUCUGCCUUGCCUGCCUCCUUUUCCCCUUUCUCCGGACCAACCAUGAGAAGGCUAGCAACCGGACCAAGUGCUUUGUGGAUCUGCCCACCAGGAACGUGAACUUGGCGCAGUCCAUCGUCAUGGUGACAGUGGGGGAGCUGGUGGGCUUCGUCACCCCUCUCAUCAUUGUUCUCUACUGUUCCUGGAAGACGGUGUUAUCGCUGAAGGAGAAGUAUCCAGUGUCCCAGGACCUCGGGGAGAAGAAGAAGGCUUUAAAGAUGAUCUUAACCUGUGCAGCGGUUUUCUUGAUUUGCUUUGCACCCUACCAUUUCAGCUUUCCUUUAGAUUUCCUGGUCAAAGCCAACAAAAUCCAAAGCUGCAGGGCCCAGAAGGUGAUUCUGAUAUUCCACUCGGUGGCCUUGUGCCUGGCGAGCCUGAAUUCCUGCCUGGAUCCGGUCAUCUACUACUUCACCACCAAUGAGUUUCGGAGGCGGCUGUCCAGACAAGAUUUGCAAGACAGUAUCCAACUGCAUAACAAAAAUUAUGCAGGCAGCCAUGCCUCAACACUGGGGUCGGGCCUAUGUUGAAAUCUGAAUGCUUGCACUGACUGAAAGCUCAAAGAUUAAGACAACUUUUCAGCACCCCCUACAGCAUCCACACAUGUGCUGGGGUCUUCCUGGUUAUGUCCUAACCCAUCCACAUGGGUGUAUGUAGAGCCAAGUGUUGGCUUCCAUUCAGGGCACAGUACUCUUUCCAUCAUCAAAGUUGGCUUGGCAACUCAUUACAUUGCCCGUCAACUCUCUGUAACCUUGGUGCCGACAAUAGCCAUUGUUCAAUGGCUUGACAUUCAUGUCAACAUUCAAGAGUCAGCAGAGGGUGGUUGUACCAUUAGCAGAAUGGUUUUCUUUUACAUCAGAAUUGUUUCAAAAGCUUAAUUCUGCCACAUUAGGCCAUGAGGCUGCUUGUAUUCAAAUGUAGUACAAUUGUUCAGUUACUCUACCAAACACGGGUUAAGUAUAGUAUUAUAUUGGUGGGAAAGGCAGCCUUUACCAAAGUUGACCAAGUGCUGGCCUUGGAGAUAGGAAGACCUGGGUUCAAAUCCCAACUCUGAUACUUUGUGACACUGGGCAAGUCACUUGCCUUCUCGGACCCCUGGGCUAUUCUCUGAGAAUAACCUACUAAGUUAUAGACAGAUCUUAAUCUUUGAUUGAAAUCACAGAUUCUCAACAAUACACAUGAUAUUUGUGCUAUAUUCUGGAAAUGAAUUAUAACCUUUUAUUCUAUAAUUAA